AUGGUUUUCGAGGAUAAUGAAUACGACUCCGUGUUUGAGCCUCAGAUCACUGAGGACCAGGUCGAGACCCCGUAUGGAAAGGUCCACUGCACCCUGACAGGAACUCCAAAGGCCAAUCGACCUGGCAUCCUAACCUACCAUGACGUCGGACUAAACCACAAAUCCUGCUUUGAGACUUGGUUCAACCACGAGGACAUGAAGGAGGUCACCAAACAUUUGCCUGUCUGUCACGUGGAGGCACCUGGCCAGCAUGUGGCUGCCAACACCCUGUCUUCCGAGUAUACCUACCCUUCUGUGGACCAGCUGUCUGAAACACUGCCCACCGUCCUCAAACACUUCGGGUUUCGUAGUGUCGUUGGAAUCGGGGUUGGAGCAGGGGCCUACAUCUUGGCCAAAUUCGCUCUUAACCACCCUGACCUGGUGGAGGGUUUGGUUCUGAUCAACAUCAACCCCAACUCUGAAGGACUGAUAGACAGUGUGACACACAAGAUAAGUGGAUGGACCACCACUCUGCCCGACACAAUCAUCUCUCACCUAUUUGGAAAGGAGGAAAUCCAGACAAACCAUGACCUCAUCGGUACAUAUCGCCACCACAUCACCACGUCAAUGAACCAAUCCAACGUGGCUCAGUUCCUCCGCUCCUACAACAGCCGAUACGCUCUGGACAUCGAGAGGCCUGUCCCUGGAGGCAACAUUAACGUCAGGACACUCAAGUGCAGCACGCUGGUUGUUGUGGGAGAUAACUCUCCUGCUGUGGAAGCCGGGGUUGACUGCAAUUCUAAACUCAACCCCACCAAGACCACACUCCUCAAGAUGGCAGACUGUGGAGGACUUCCUCAGGUUGACCAGCCAGCCAAAUUGACCGAAGCUGUCAAAUACCUUAUUCAGGGCCUGGGAUACAUGUCCUGUGCAAGCAUGACGAGACUGGUUCGCUCUCGGACAUCCUCCGGAUCUAGCAUCACAUCCUUCGAUGGCUCCCGGAGCCGUGCGCAUAGCGAGCUGCAGCGUGGUCGUGCGCAUACACACACCUCCGACGGGCAGCGUGGGCGCUCCCACACGGACGUCUCCAUGGAAAGCGUCACCAGCAGGAACAUGGACCAGGGCAUCACCAAGACCAUAGAGAUUUCCUGCUAG